UGUUGCACUGUGUUUCUAUUAGCAAAGGCGAAACCUUUUCAUAUCUUCUCUUUCACUCAUUCUUUCAUCUUUCACAUACCCUUUCCCCCUUCCUUUCCUUUCCUUUCCUUUCCUUUGUAUUUGUUGGUGCUUAUAACUUCACUUUCAAGUUUCCACACUAUAGUGUGAGAGAUUCUCUCAUCUCAUUGGAACCCCAGAAAAAAUAUGGAGAAGGUUCUCACAAAAGCUUCAAGCUUGAAGAUUGGAAGCUCGUGGAUUACCAAGAAGGCCAAAGAAGAGUUCACUAACAUCAGUGAAGACAUUAGUACUUUCUCAAGCACAGUUGAAGAGAAGGCAAAAUGGAUUUUCAACAAGCUAAAAGGCAAGCCAUUGAAAAGCCUAUCAGAUCUCCUCAAAGAGUACAACCUACCACCAGGGCUGUUUCCGCAAAACAUAAUCUGUUAUGAGUUUGAUGAAACAAAUGGUAAGCUGAUUGUGUACCUGCCGUCUUCGUGUGAAGUGAGCUUCAAGGACGCAUCGGUUGUUAGGUACGCGACUCGAGUCAAAGGUAUCCUUUCGAGGGGAAAGCUGUCGACAAUAGAGGGAAUGAAAACAAAGGUCCUUGUGUGGGUCAAGGUGACGAGUGUGACAGUUGAGGGUUACAAAUCGGACAAGGUGUGGUUCACAGCCGGUGUGAAGAAGGCUAGGUCAAAAGAUGCAUAUGAUACACCUCGUGAUGCUCUCAGAGUAUCUGAAUUCUGAUUAUUGAAGUUGUCCUGCAUGAUAUUUAGAAUAGCAUCAGUUAUUUUGAAAUGUUUAAUAUAUGGUAAUGGUUUUCCUUUUGGGUCAUUCAUUGUCUCAUUUUUACAUGUUUGAGUUGGCAACUCAAAUGGGAACCUUAAAUGAUGCAUUACAAAUUGAAACCAUGCAUUGUUUUAACACUGAUUUGAUUUUUACUCACCAAAUUGCUUAGUUGACAAUGUCAAUGUCACUUUGGUA